AUGGCAAAUUCCAACCAGUCAAGACCUUAUGAGAAGGAAAAUUACCCUACCUCACUUGAAAUAAUAUAUUAUAGUGACCAAAAGUUUAAUUAUACAAUUAUUCAAGAAAGUAUUUACCUACCAGCCGCGAAAUUAUAUUAUACCGAAGCGCCUAUAUAUUUUCCUAUCCCUGAUAAUUAUAUUAUUCAAACUACUUGGGAUCGGGCCAUUGUUUCUGUUCAAUCUCCGUUUGAUGCUUUUGUUGAAUUACAUAGG